GGCUGAGUCGGGCAUGUCCCGGCUCUCCGGAACGCUGGUCGGAGAUGGCGGCGCUGUGUGUGUGCGGGAUUGCUAGAAGAGGCUGGCUGUGGAAGGUCCCCUUGGCUACUCGUAGAGACUUUUGGUCUCGAUCCAGAAAGGAGAAAGAGCCGGUGGUGACUGAGGCAGUAGAAGAAGUGAAAAAAGAGCCUGUUCUGGUGUGUCCACCCUUACGAAGCCGAGCAUACACACCACCUGACGAUCUCCAGAGUCGCUUGGAAUCUUGUAUUAAAGAAGUUCUUGGUUCAUCUCUUCCUAGUAAUUGGCAAGAUAUCUCCUUGGAUGAUGGUCGUGUGAAGUUCAGACUCUUGGCACAUUUAGCUGAUGACCUGGGCCAUGCAGUACCUAACUCCAGGCUUCACCAAAUGUGCAAGGUCAAAGACGUUCUUGAUUUCUAUAAUGUUCCCAGAGUUCAAGAUAGAUCUAAAUUUGAUGAACUCGUUGCCAGUAAUUUGCCUCCCAAUUUGAAAAUCAGUUGGGGUUACUGAGCAUUUCAGCAGUUGACUGCAUUGAGAUCAUUGUUGUUCUCCUCACUACAGUGGCUGACAAACCUUGUGAUAUGGUAUCCAUCAGAACUCUUCUCUAAACCUCCCUUUUCUUUCCUUUUUUUUUCCCCUGUGGAAGAACACAUCUUUUUUCUCAUGGAGAAUCAGCAAAGAAAACAUUUUCACAUUUGCUAAAGCUGUUUCCCCCCAAUAAUAUCAAGUUUUGAUAAUUUAUGAAAAUGUUCUUAUUCUGCUGUGUAUAGUCAGGGUUCUUGAGAAGAGCAGAAGUGAUAGCAUGAAUGCAGAUUCAAAAGGGAUUUAUCAGAUUAGCUUGGGUUAGGGUCUAGAUAGUCCAUCAACGGCUGUUUCAUACCAGAGAGGCCGAGAACCUAGGGUUGCUCAGUCCAUGAGGCUGACUGUCUGAACAGUACCAGCCUGGUGCUGAGGGCCUGCAGGAUUCUUUGGAAACCAUGUGCGCAGCCUGAAGAAGCUGGUUCUGAUAUGAGUGAAGAAAUGCAGCAAUGGCGGGAACAGGACGGUGUACUUUCCAGUAGAGUGAAGGCAAGCAGGCAGAAAGCCAAACCUUCCUUCUGCGUGGGUUCUGGCCACAUUUAGGGUAUACCUCCCUCUUGGAUGAGAUAAUUUGUUUGAGAAAAUCCCUCAGGGGAGUGGCCAGAUGCUUGUCUUUUAGUUGAUUCUAGAUCAGUCAAGUUGACAACCAAGAUUAGCCAUCACACAUAGAUGUUAAUUAACUUGGAUUUAAGAUAGAAGGACAUUACAAGUUCAGAUGCUCUCUUUGCCUUUCAUAGGGAUAAAGUAGUAGUUGCAAUAAAAUGUUUUAAUCUUAUUAAAGCUCAUAGGUAUGGGAUUAUCAUGUAUACCUAUACAAACGAGGAAAUGUAUUAGAUAUUUAAAAGAACUGUGAUCGUCUGGUUCACAUGGGAUGUUUCAAACACUGUCUCAGUCCAUGAGUAAAGAUGAAGAAAGUAUACUGUAUUCUGGGUUCAUCUUGGAUUAAAGCAGAUUUGUUAAAAUCUGA